AUGUUGGACGAUCCACUCACCAGGAACUCGUCCCACUCCAGCUUCCGGUUCCGAUGUUUUCCGGAGCUGCAGACCCGCCGCUGGAUCCUGGCGCUGCUGUUCUUCCUCUGCUUCCUGUCGGUGCUGCUGGGAAACUCUGCGCUGGUCUACGUGACCCGCAGGGUGGCGCGCCUGCGCAGCCCCAUGUACGUGCUGGUGUGCCUGCUGUGCGCGGUGGACGUCCUGCAGGCCUCCGCCAUCCUCCCCAACAUGCUGCUCAACCUGCUGUUGGACUGGAGCCGCAUCUCGCUGACCGGAUGCCUCAUCCAGAUGUUUUCCACGUACUUCCUGUCGUCGCUGGAGUCCACGCUGCUGCUGGUGAUGGCGCUGGACCGCUACGUCGCCAUCUGCAAGCCGCUACGCUACGCGGACAUCAUGAGCUCCUCCGCCUUCCUGAAGCUGCUGGUCUUCGCGCUCCUGCGCAGCGUCUCCAUCAUGUCGGUGCUGGUGGUUCUGGCCGGGUCUCUGUGGUUCUGCGGCUCCGACGCCAUCCAGCACUGCUACUGCGACCACAUGGCGCUGGUCCGCCUGGCCUGCGGCAGGACGCAGCGGAACCGGGCGGCCGGGCUGGCGGUGAUCGUCUGCUUCGUGGGCGUGGACAUCCCCGUCAUCUGCUUCUCCUACCUGAAGAUCGUGAAGGUCGCGGUGAGGGCGGCGGCCGGCGAGGAGCGGCUGAAGGCGCUGCACACCUGCAGCACGCACCUGAUGGUCAUCGUGUGUUUCUACCUGGUGGGGACCAUCACCUUCCUGUCCGGCACCCUCAACAUUCCCAUACCAACGGGCAUCAACACCCUGAUGGGCGUGGCCUACAUCCUGAUCCCCGCCACCGUCAAUCCCAUCAUCUACGGCGUCCGAACCAAAGAGAUCCGCCGAGGCCUGCAGAGCAUGUUCAGGCCUCCGAAGCUUUAUUCUGGAAAAACUCUGACAACUUCCGGUUAG